AAAAAAAAAAGUAGAAGGGCAGCCAGUCGCCGCCGUAGCACGCGAAUGAAGUGAGUGAGAGCGAGACAACAGUUGCUUCUCGCGGCUGCGCCGCGCCGCCGCCCUCCUCGACGGCUCGCUGCGCCGCCUCCGGCUGCGGCCGCAUCGCCGACGCCUCGACCGAGUCAUCGGGCACCACCACCGCUGUACCACCUCCCCGACUGUUAGAUGCAGUAUUUGCAGAAUGGUGCCAUUGGUGUUACCUAGAGAUUGCUAGCUCUUGCGUAAUUUGGUCAAUCUUUGGAUUAUUUGCAAAGAUACUAAACCAUCCUGUUUGAUAAAAUGUCGGCACCAGCAUCCAUUCCCUGUGGUUCCAAGAGUGUGCGAGGCAACGACAACGGUGUCGACAGGCUCAGCAGCCUGUCCGACGAUCUGCUCCACCACGUGAUGUCCUUCCUGCCGACGCCGGAGGUCGUGCGCACAAGUCUUCUCUCACCAAGGUGGCGCAAUCUCUGGAGCUCUGUUCCAUUUAUCCACAUCAACAACAAAGACUUCGUGGUUAAAAAUGAUGUGGGCAUUGCUUGCUUUGAUAACCACAAGCUGGAGAACUUCGUGGACCACUUGCUGCUCUUGCGUGACGGCACUGUUUCCUUGGAUGAGGUCCGGGUCGUCAUCACGACUCGCAGUAGUAAGAAGAGUUCUGUGUGGAUUCGUCAUGCCAUCAAGCACAAAGUUCGUCUCCUUCAUAUUUCUGGAUUUCACCACCAUCUGAUUUUGGAUAGCACAGCAAUGUUUCCUUCUCUGUACCUCAAAAGAAUCAGGCUCUGGUAUGUCCGUUUGAACGAUUGGUUCGAUAAGCCGCUGAAUUAUGACUGGCCUGUGCUCGAACAUCUAGAGUUGGAGUGUUGCAUUCUCGAUACAAGGAGGAUCUCAUCGAGCUCACUCAAGGUUCUACAUAUCAUCGACUGCAUCAUUGGCAAUGAUCUCCUGAUUGGUGCUAGGAAGCUUACCCAUCUCUCUGUCAUUGACCCAGAAUGUCGUCGUGGUGCUAUAGUUACCUGGGAUCUGUCUUCUCUAGUGUCAGCUUCGCUUAGUCUAGGGUCUGAGUUUCAUUAUGAUGAUAACACAGAAGUAGAUCAUCAUCUACUUGAUGGCCUUUCACAUGCCACAACAUUGGAGUUGCAUGCACCGUUACCUGAGCUCACAUUCGAGAGGGGUUUGCAAGCAUGCCCGAUGUUCAGCAAUCUGACGAGCUUGGUGCUGGGUGAUUGGUGCAUGGCUGCUGACUUCUACCCACUGUUCCGUAUUGUCCAUCGCUCGCCCAUGCUGAAAGAGCUAACUGUUAAGCUCAAGAUGGAGCACUGUGAAACACGCAAGGAGGUUGAAUCUGCUUCAUUACCAUCAAGGCGAGCACCGGCAAUCAGGGGCUAUCCUCGUAUCGAGAGAAUCAAGAUAUGCUGCAGCAAAGAUGAUCCUAGGAUCGGUACGUUGGUGCAGGCGCUGCUACCGAUCUUCAUCCCAGACGGGAAAAUCAAUAUCGAGGGUUACUAAUCAUGUUUGUGUUAAGGCCUUGUUUUCGGACCUGUCCCCCUCUUGCCACAUUUGGUUAGUGCUAAGUUUGUCAAGAGCCGCGCUUUACCCUUUUCUAGACGCCGACAUUAACUGGAGAGGGGGGAGCUGAUAUUCUUCUUCUGUUUGGCUAAAUCUGUCCAGACAUUACACAUUCUUGUGUUUACACUUAAGUUAAUCAUGUUUCAGAUC